AAAAUGACAGAGGAAAAUCAUUCCACAGUGACUGAGUUCAUCCUGGUUGGAUUAACAGACAAAUCAGAGCUCCAGCUGCCCCUCUUCCUCCUCUUCCUAGGAAUCUAUGUGCUCACAGUGGUGGGGAACCUGGGUAUGAUCAUACUGAUUGGACUCAGCUCUCAACUGCACACACCCAUGUACUAUCUCCUCAGCAGUCUCUCCUUUAUUGACCUCUGUCAAUCUACUGUGAUCACACCCAAAAUGCUGGUGAACUUUGUGAUGGAGAAAAACACCAUCUCCUAUGCUGAAUGCAUGACUCAGCUCUACUUCUUUGCAGCUUUUGCAAUUGCAGAGUGUCACAUGUUGGCUGCCAUGGCAUAUGACCGCUAUGUUGCCAUCUGUAACCCCUUGCUUUACAAUGUUACCAUGUCUAUUCAAGUCUGUUUCUGGUUGCUAAUUGGGGUUUGUAGCAUGGGAUUGAUGGGUGCCACAGCCCACACAACAUGCAUGCUAAGGGUGCUUUUCUGUAAGAAUGAUAUAAUAAACCAUUACUUUUGUGAUGUUCUUCCACUACUAGAGCUUUCUUGCUCUAGUACUUUUGUCAAUGAGGUAGUAGUUCUGUGCUCCAGUGCAUUCAAUAUCUUUGCCCCAGUCCUGUCCAUCCUUAGCUCUUACAUCUUCGUCAUAGCCAGCAUCCUGCGCAUUCGCUCCACUGAGGGCAGGUACAAAGCCUUCAGCACCUGCAGCUCCCACAUCUCAGCUGUUGGUCUCUUCUUUGGUUCUGUAACAUUCAUGUACCUCCAGCCAUCAUCAGUCAACUCUAUGGACCAAGGGAAAGUAUCAUCCAUAUUUUACACCAUCAUUGUGCCCAUGUUAAACCCUCUGAUCUACAGCCUGAGGAAUAAAGAUGUCAAAGUUGCCCUAAAUAAUCUUGUCAAAAGAAGAAAUUUCCUAUGA